GGGAAGGGGAGGGGGCGUAUAGGGUUCUGUGGCAAGCUGGGACCUGGAACAGGUGGGGAUCCAGGAAGAUGCUGGGAUGUAGACAGGGGACUAGCGAUGGCAGAAACGGCUGGGAGGGUCGGGAUGCAGGUAUGAGAGGGUAAUCCCGGGAGCAGCCCGGAGGUGAGUGCCUUGAAGGCGUCGGUGUGCUGGGGCGUGAGGAGGAGCUAGGAGCAGCCCAGACGCAGCGGGUGGGCUGGGGUGGCCUCCAGCAGUGCACCGGGGCUGGGGCUUCAGGGGAAAGGCGCUGUUAUGAGGAGGGGAAGUGUGAGCUUGGAUAUUUUCCAAGAAAACUGAGGACAGGUGGGGGAUGAUGUAGGAGCCGCCCCACAGUGCAGUUCCCAAUUUGGACCCCUCCCCAAGACCCCACCCCACGCACCCCCACUCAGGGCUGCUUCCGAGCCUGCGGUUGUCAUGGCAACCCUUGCCCGGCUCUCCCAGGGGCGGUGCCAACCGUGUUCCCCCCCACCACUUCCUCCCCCCCUCCUUGUCCCUCCCUCCUUUGUGUCAGCUGCGCCCCUGACCGGGAUGGCUGCGAAGAGAGGGACCAAGACCAGCAUGAAGAACAUGGAGAAGGAACUGCUGUGCCCAGUGUGUCAAGAGAUGUACAAGCAGCCACUGGUGCUGCCCUGUACCCACAACGUGUGCCAGGCCUGUGCCCGGGAGGUCUUGGGCCAGCAGGGCUACAUAGGACAUGGUGGGGACCCCAGCUCUGAGCCCACCUCUCCUGCCUCCACCCCUUCCACCCGCAGCCCCCGCCUCUCCCGCAGAACUCUCCCCAAGCCAGACCGCCUGGACCGGCUGCUUAAGUCAGGUGGGACUGGGGCCUGUAGGGUGGGGAUGGGAACGCUGAGCUAUUCAUCAGGAAGAUGGAAGAAGUCCAUCACUGGUCAGGGGCAUCUGUCUGUCUUUCUAGGGGGUGGAGUUACUGCUUACGCAGGCUCUAAUGAGAGCUGAGCUCUGGCACAAUGAAAACCUAAUUUAAUUGAACAGGCUUCCCCACAUCCAGCCAGCUAUAACUCUCACGUCCUCUACCUCCCUGGUUCACCCACAGGCUUUGGGACAUACCCUGGGAGGAAGCGAGGUGCUUUGCACCCCCAGGUGAUCAUGUUCCCGUGUCCAGCAUGCCAAGGUGAUGUGGAGCUUGGGGAGCGGGGUCUGGCAGGGCUUUUCCGGAACCUGACCCUGGAACGUGUGGUGGAGCGGUACCGCCAGAGUGUGAGUGUGGGAGGCGCCAUCCUGUGUCAGUUGUGCAAGCCCCCACCACUAGAGGCCACCAAGGGCUGCACAGAGUGCCGCGCCACCUUCUGCAAUGAGUGCUUCAAGCUCUUCCACCCCUGGGGCACCCAGAAGGCCCAGCAUGAGCCCACCCUGCCCACCCUCUCCUUCCGCCCCAAGGGUCUUAUGUGCCCAGACCACAAGGAAGAGGUGACCCACUACUGCAAGACAUGCCAACGACUGGUAUGUCAACUCUGCCGGGUGCGGCGCACCCACAGCGGGCACAAGAUCACACCAGUGCUCAGUGCCUACCAGGCCCUCAAGGACAAGCUGACAAAGAGCCUGACAUACAUCCUGGGAAACCAGGACACGGUACAGACCCAGAUCUGUGAGCUGGAGGAGGCCGUGAGGCACACCGAGGUGAGUGGUCAGCAGGCCAAGGACGAGGUGUCACAGCUGGUGCGGGGGCUGGGGGCUGUGCUGGAGGAGAAGCGGGCAUCACUGCUUCAGGCCAUUGAAGAAUGCCAGCAGGAGCGGCUGGCCCGUCUCAGCGCCCAGAUCCAGGAGCACCGGAGCCUGCUGGAUGGCUCAGGUCUGGUGGGCUAUGCCCAGGAAGUACUUAAGGAAACAGACCAGCCUUGCUUUGUGCAAGCCGCCAAGCAGCUGCACAACAGGAUUGCCCGAGCUACUGAAGCCCUCCAGACGUUCCGGCCAGCUGCCAGCUCCUCCUUCCGCCAUUGCCAACUCGACGUGGGACGUGAGAUGAAGCUGCUGACAGAGCUUAACUUCCUGCGAGUGCCUGAGGCCCCCGUCAUUGACACCCAGCGCACCUUUGCCUAUGAUCAGAUCUUCCUGUGCUGGCGGCUGCCACCCCACUCACCACCUGCCUGGCACUAUACCGUUGAGUUCCGGCGCACGGAUGUGCCUGCCCAGCCGGGCCCCACCCGCUGGCAGCGGCGGGAGGAGGUGAGGGGCACCAGUGCCCUGCUCGAGAACCCCGACACGGGCUCUGUGUAUGUGUUGCGUGUCCGCGGCUGCAACAAGGCCGGCUAUGGCGAGUACAGUGAAGAUGUGCACCUGCACACGCCCCCAGCACCUGUCCUGCACUUCUUCCUCGACGGCCGCUGGGGUGCAAGCCGAGAGCGGCUGGCCAUCAGCAAGGACCAGCGAGCAGUACGGAGUGUUCCAGGACUGCCCCUGCUGCUGGCUGCUGACCGGCUGCUGACCGGCUGCCACCUGAGUGUGGAUGUGGUCCUGGGCGACGUGGCUGUGACCCAGGGCCGCAGCUACUGGGCCUGCGCUGUAGACCCAGCCUCCUACUUGGUCAAGGUGGGCGUCGGGCUGGAGAGCAAGCUUCAAGAAAGUUUCCAGGGUGCCCCCGAUGUGAUCAGCCCCAGGUACGACCCGGACAGCGGGCACGACAGCGGUGCCGAGGAUGCCACAGUGGAGGCGUCGCCGCCCUUUGCUUUCCUAACCAUUGGCAUGGGGAAGAUCCUGCUGGGGUCGGGGGCAAGCUCAAACGCAGGGCUGACGGGGAGGGACGGCCCCGCAGCGGGCUGCACAGUGCCCCUGCCACCUCGCCUGGGCAUCUGCCUGGACUACGAGCGGGGCCGGGUUUCCUUCCUGGAUGCUGUGUCCUUCCGUGGGCUCUUGGAGUGCCCCCUGGACUGCUCAGGGCCUGUGUGCCCUGCCUUUUGCUUCAUUGGGGGUGGCGCAGUACAGCUCCAGGAACCAGUGGGCACUAAGCCUGAGAGGAAAGUCACCAUUGGGGGCUUCGCCAAGCUGGACUGAGCCUUCCAGGUCCCUCAUGCAGACCUGGGGUCCUCCUGGGCCCUGGCCCCCAAACCUCUUGGCGCCGGGUUGUUACCCCCUGGAAGCUUCUCCCCCAAACUCUCCUACCAUGUGGCCCUGCCCCUUCUCCCAUGCCUGUGUCUUCUCACGGUUUUCUCUUGACCCAGGGGCUCUCUUCUGCCCACCUCUCUGGAUGGCCCCCGUUCUCUCCAUUGCCUGUUAGCCAGGCCCCCACCCCCACUGAGUCUGCCCUAUGACCUGCCUUUGGCAUGUUACCCAAGCUAUGGAGAGAGCCCCUUCUCCAUCCCUGUCCUGUGCUCCCCAGGCUGAUUGGGCCGGGCACCUGAAACACUGGGCAUGAUCUCCAGCUCUGCCCUUGCCCUGCCAAGCUCCCUGCCCUGUUGAUGCUGGGAGCUUGGAACAGGCAGGCUUUGGGGCUGGAAGCUGUCCAGGCACUCCUGGUGACGGGAAGGGGACCCUGUCAUCCUGCUUUAUUUAUUUGGGUCCCGACCCCCUGCAGCCGCAUGCCCCUUACGUCCCUCUUCUCCCUCUUGCAUGCUUUUACCUGUCCCGCACCCACGCCAAUGUGCCAAGUCUCCCUUGGGGACCCAGCUGAGUCUGGGUGUUCCCAUUGGGUUCGGCCAGGCAAGGCCUCUGGUGCCCGCUGCCGUCCUCCUGCAGUGGGCUCUGCUAGGCCUGUGCUGAGCAACAGCUGUUAUUGUCAUGGUUUAUAAAUAAUAAACUGUGAUGCCAGGCACAUCUCUGCUUUCCCUGAG